AAAAUCCCACCGGAUGUUGUUUGUCAUUAACACACCGGUGAACGUGGCGUUCAUGGCAUUUCUGAGAUGUCCACGCGUCACGCAACUUCUUUCCACUUGUUCCCGAGGAGUUUUUACUCAGCAGCUGAGUUGUUUUCAUUCAGCAUAAAUGGCAGCGAAACACGUCAAGCCCGACUUCAACCAGUCCCAGGUGUCUGAGAUAGUGAAGAGGCUCUUCAGGUUGACUGCAUCCAAAGUUCACCUGCUGCCCAGCUAUGAUGACCAGAACUUCUACGUGGCGUCCACUGAGGGUGGCGAGUACGUCCUGAAGAUCAUGAACUCUGAGGACAGUAAAAACACCACCUUGAUUGAGAUGCAGACCUAUGCCAUGACCUUCCUCCACCAGAACGGACUCCCUGCUCAAACAGCCGUGCCCACCACCUCAGGACAACUCAUGAGUCUGGAAGAAAUGGAUUGUGGUUAUGGCUGUCAGAAGUACCUGGUGCGCCUGUUGACUUAUUUACCUGGGACCACUAUUUGCAAGGUUCCUUUAACACCACAGAUACUGUAUGAAACUGGCAAGACAGCAGCUAAAAUGGACAUAAUCCUUAAUAAGAUGGAGCACCCUCAGCUUAGCGUACUGCAGAGGGAGAAUUUCAUAUGGAGUUUGUCAAACAUUACCCUCCUGGAAGCAUACCUCCAUUUAUUGGAUGGUGAUCCUCUUCAGGAGGUGGUGACGUCUGUCAUUCAUCACCACAAGAUCUCUGUGAACCCCCAACGCACCAACUUCCGCAAGUGCAUUAACCAUGGUGACUUCAAUGACCUCAACGUGCUCGUGCAACCUGAUGAGAGUGACAGCUACAGGAUUUCUGGCAUCCUUGACUUCGGGGACAUGAAUGAUGGUUACUAUAUCCACGAGCUCGCCAUCACCAUCAUGUACAUGAUGAUCGAGCACCCUGAGCCCGUUCAGAUCGACAGCCGGAGAGUAAAUGGUGGUGGAGACAGAGACGGAAAGAACUCGCCACCGAUGGGGAAAAGAUGGCAAGAGAUCAGGAGACAGAGAAGAGAGUGAGUGGGAGGUGUGCACAUUUAAAGUGUGAAUCACUGGGAAGGAGUGAGGGGGGGUCAGCGUAACCCCCGAUGACCCUCAACACCCGUCUACAUGAUGCAAAAUCCCUCUGAGGUCUAUUGUUGGCCUCCUUCACUUUUCUAUUCAGCCAGCAUCAGAGAACACUGAACUCUCCUGAGGCUUUCCUGCACAGUGCAGCCCGGAUCAGUCAGCCUUGGCUCAGCGGCACCUUCUGAACUACAAAUAAUAUCCAUCACAGCAAGAGAUUUAAUAUCACAUUGGUGUUGUGAGUCUUCACUUAGAAUAAAUGAAAACAGAUGGAGGCAGAUCGCUGAUGUCAAAACUCAGGUCAGGAUUUCAUUUGAACUAGACAAAAGUAGAAGAAAAGUCAAGUUUAUUUGAAGAAUCUUACUUUUUAAGUCCCACCAAGGUUGUUCCAUUCAGUUGAAGUGUUUGUUGUUUGAUGAAAUUUUUAUAUUUCGGGUGUGUUUAUUGGAGCACGUUUCCUAGCCAAUGUGGAGAAUGUUGGCCAGGAAACGUGCUCCUUUGCUGACAUCACAGCGAGCUAAUGAUUUCUCUGCAAAGUAAAGUUCCAGCAGCUUUGAAGCUCCUGUCCAGUGGCAAGUUGUAGUGAGCAGUUUGGAAUUAGUUUGUUUGACCUAUCUUGCUGCUCAUUGUGAUCAUUUUUAUUUGACUUCCUCAACAUAUUAAAGACCUCCUCUGCUAAAAAUCUAGUUUUUUACUGUUAAAAUGCCCUUAUGGUGUUUUUAUAUGAGACAUAUGAGCAAAAUAAUUUGUUAAAUCAAUGGCUGAGCAUAUCCACCUUGAAACUGCAGUGUUACAAUGACAGUCUCAAAAUUACUGAUUUAAGAACAUACCUAACACACCCGAAGAACUAAUCCUGUCAUAUUGCUGGGUGGGAUUUUUUAUAUAAUUUUUCUUCAGAAUCAGCUUCUGGCUCAGAUGUGUGGCUGAAUUAUUUUGAUAUUACAAGGUUUCACUGUAUAGCAUAAAGUGGUUUUGCAGUGUUUGAGCAGGAUUGGAAGUGAGCUGUUGUGUUCAAAGUGAAGCAGUUAUAUAAGAGAAAACUACUAAAUAUGCAACUUUGAUGCCCCGAGAUGAGUUUUUAGGAACUAGAGAGCAACUUUUAACUCAAUCUUGCAAACCAGUUGAGUCUUGUAGCAUUUAGAAACAUAUUUUGUUACUAAUAACCUAUUUUUGUCUUUCUCCUUCUCAACAUGAGGAUGCUUUUGCUCCUCAUUCAAAACCUGUUUCUGUUUUGUUGUCUUUCAUUUGUGACAUUACGUAUAUUCCAGAUACUGUCUGCUCCUCAGCCCAUCCUUGUAACUUUUCCUCUUUCAUAGUAAGGUCCAAGCUCCCAAUGUGACCAAUUUCAUGACAUCUUUUGAGCUUCUCUUUUCUAAAACUCAUCAAGACAAUUAUAAUAUCUGUAACUUACCAGUAAAAUAGUAUAAUGCAUAAUAAAAACAUUCAGGCUCUUUUCAUGUGGUGGAAAUAAUAAAACCUUGCCCCUCUACCACCUAAGUAUGCUAAAACAUCCUCCAAAAUGUUUUUUUUUUGUAAACCGAUGUAAUGUAGCUCUACUGCAACUGCACCAACAAGGAAAGAGAUCCUCCGCUCAGCAUCUGCUGAUAGACAGAGGAGGAGAGAACUGUGGGAAAAGAGGUCAGAGGCGUUGUUUUGGCUGCAUGCAGCAGCCUCAUAAAUCAGAUGCUGUAUAAACCGGCUUUGCUGAGAGAAGGACACAGAGGCGUCUGUUGGCCUGCUGGAUCAGAAGCAGGCAAACACAAAUAAGUACUCUGUUUAUGUGUGGCUGCCUGUGUGUGUUUGUGUGUGUUUAUGUAUUUGCUUUUAUGUUUAAACAUACUUGUAUGUGUACAUAUUUAUACUUAAUUACCCCACAGGGAUCAUUAAAUCUCAGCAUGGCUCGUCCUGUU